AUGGGAAGUAACCGAAAUAAACCCUUGGACUACUUUAUUAACACUUUGCUGUCAGAUAUCGAAGCUCGCAAGUCGUGCAAUCGUGCAGCUGAAUUGGAUAUGGCGUUGCGGGCGCCAGUAUCUUCUGCUAAAGGAAGCGUUGCUGGGACUCGGAGUGCAGUGGGACAAAUGCAAAUCACUAUUGAGGGUUGA